AGGGGCAGCAGGAGCUGUCAACAUCCAUGUCUAAGAGUUAUUUAUAGAGACUUGGGAAAGAAGGGGUCUUCAGUGUACCCAUCUAAGGGUAGAUUUGAGGAAGCCUACACCUGCACUGCUUUGGGGUUACAGAGAAGCUCUUGGUCACUUGGCUGGGGGCAGGAAAGAGGGAGCCAAUAGUCUGUCGGGCUAAAUCAGACAAUAUGCACCUGAGGGCUAGACCUACCAAGGCUGGUUAAAGAAGAUCCUUGCAAGAAUUGGACUAGAACAGAAAGUUUGUUGGGACAGCUCUUGUGGGUCAAAUUGGAGUUUGGAGGAGCAUAUGGAGAACCCUUUGAUUUGCCUUUGGUGCCUUAGAGAGAUGUUUUUGUUUUUUGAGGUCUUUCUCAGGCUGCUCUCAAACUCCUGGUUCAAAUGAUCCUACUGCUAUACUCUCCUGAGUAGUUGGGAUAUAGGCAUGCUGGUGGUACCUGGUUAAGGCCUUUCAUUGAUGGCCCUCUGCAAACCUGGUGGCCACCUUUGCAGACAGUGGUAGGAGGAAGGUGAAAUUUUCUAGGAGCAAAUUGUACCACCAAGAAGUUGAUGCAGUGCCCUCCAGGGGCUCCCCUGUCCAAAAGUGAGAACAAGCCCUUUUCUGUCCUACGCCUCCUGUUUUCAGGGCCCAGUACUUUUCUCCAUAACCCUCCCUCAUUGAAGCCCUCAGGCCCCAGAGGUUCCAGCCAGGGGAGGGCCUGAGCCUGAGUAGGGCAGGCAGCUCUGGGGCUCAAACCGGUUUUCCCACCCUGCCUGGGACUGGCACUUCACCUCUGGUUUCCUCCCAACCCCUCACCACCCUUUUGCUACCAAGUUCCUCUUCUCUCUACCCUGGAAUGUUGGGUGGGGGAUAUUCUUUGCCUGCACUGGGUGUGGUUCCUCCCGGAAAGGCAAGGCCAUUGUGCAUCACUUUAAAACAAGAAGGUGGGGUGACUUCCACUUUUGGCCUUCUGCACUUUUGGCCUUCUGCACUUUUGGCACUCCCCUCCAGGCCUUGAAGGCUUUGAAACAAAGUGACAACAAAAAGGACUUGAGAUUAUCCGUUGGCAUCACCCCCAUUCCUUUAUCUGAACUCUGGAGGAGGAGACCAGGGAGCCAAAAUCAAGCCCAACCUACCCCCCCCACAUCCCAUGUGCUCUGGAGUGAGUAGGAGGGAACAGUGGUGUUCUCCCCAAGUGACCCUGGCCAACUCAGGUCCCUUACUUCAAGUACUAACUAGGCAAAUCACUUCCAGCUGUUUUUUGUCAACAAGAACACCUCUUGCUGGAACUGAGAUGAUCUCAUUAGUGAUCAUACUGCUGAUACUAAUAGGGCCUUACAGUGUAUCAGGCUUUAAACACUUUCCAAAGUGCCCACAAGAUAGGAAAAACCAUGACAAAUAGGCAUAGAGAGGUUUGGUGAUGUACCCAAAGCCACACUUGUGUUAGAAGGAAGCUUUAUCCCCAGGCUGACCCUAGAAGUACUCCUUUACUGCUACCCUGUACCUAUUAAUUAAUGAGGGAUCCAGAAGUGGAGCUGUUUACUAAAAUCAAUUGCUAAUGCAGAUAGAUUUAGCUCUUGCUUCUGUACCUAUAACCAACUCCCAUUACCCCCAAUUACCAUACAAAUACAGGUCUUUUGUAAAUGUUAACAUCUUUCCAUUUUGUAAGUUCUUUCCUAUUUAUUACCCCACGGGGACAAGUAGGUGAGAACUGUCCCCAUUUCACAAAGGAGCAAAUAGGGUGAUGGAGUUGAAUGACUUGCUUAAGGUACUGACUUUGAACUCUGUGCUUUCUCUGGGAGUUUUGGUUACCUAUUAAAUGUCCCUCCAGAACACUGGUGGGAUGAGGAAGUGGCAGUGGCCCUUUGAGUACAGAACUUUGGGAGGGAGCCAGCAAGGAAGCACUGUCACACAGAAGCCAAUCGCACAGCUCAGAUGGGUAGCAGAUUAUUAACAGUACUCCCAAAUGGAGGUGAUUAUUAUUAUGGCAAUGCUUUCCUUCAUUUAGGACUGACAGCUAAAGGGCACAGAAGGAGGAUCCCAGCCCUGGGGAUACUGGUGCCAGGGUUCUGGGGGCCUGUUCGGCUUUGGCAGAUCUCAGAGUGGGUCAGCAGGUGGUAUGGGUGUAGAGGUGAUGCCUUUUUGGAGAAAAGGGAAGAUAAGGACACCUAACGCUUUCCAACUCUGGAGCCCAGGAAAGGGUAGCUGCAAAAAACUACAACUCCCAGAAGGCCAUGCUUCAAGGCCAGUCGGCAAUGGUUGCCAUGGUUUCAGAAAACAAUAUGGCUGCUCCCAGAUGGGACGUAAGUUUUUGGGUUAGGGAGGCAGAGGCAGGUCUGGACGCCCGCAGUGGCGAGAGAGAAAGCGUUUGAGGGGUCGUGAGGCUGGGUCUGGACGCUGCACGAUUGGAACGGCUUGACCUUGCUGGGCCCCAAUGGCGAGCAGUGUGGAUGAGGAAGCGCUACACCAGCUGUACCUAUGGGUAGACAACAUCCCUCUGUCCAGGCCCAAGAGAAACCUCUCCCGGGACUUCAGUGAUGGAGUCCUGGUGGCAGAGGUCAUCAAAUUUUAUUUCCCAAAGAUGGUGGAGAUGCACAAUUAUGUCCCUGCAAACUCUCUCCAGCAGAAGCUCAGCAACUGGGGUCACCUGAACAGGAAGGUGCUAAACAAACUGAACUUUUCGGUACCAGACGAGGUAAUGCGCAAGAUUGCUCAGUGUGCCCCGGGUGUGGUGGAGUUGGUACUCAUCCCGCUGAAGCAGCGACUGGAGGAGCGGCAAAGGCGCAGGAAGCAGGGCUCUGGUUCCUUACAGGAGCUGCCUCCCGCUGAUGGCAGUGGCUACUUGGAUGUGGAUGUGUCCCAGAAGACACGAGGGGAAGGUGCACCAGAACCCCAAGGAGGAGAGCAGCUCAGGGCGGGGCGGCUGCCGGCGCCCCGGCCUCCUGGGUAUAGCCAGGCGCUGCAGGGCGACCCAAGCUUCGUCCUUCAGAUUGCUGAAAAGGAGCAGGAGCUGUUGGCCUCGCAAGAGACUGUGCAGGUCCUGCAGAUGAAGGUGAGGCGCCUGGAGCACCUGCUUCAGCUCAAGAACGUGCGCAUCGAGGACCUUUCCCGGAGGCUCCAGCAGGCGGAGCGCAAGCAGCGGAGAAUGGACCGCUUUCCAGAGCCCAGAAGCCAUGUGCGGAGACCCAGCGUGCCCACAAAAGCAGUGCCCAACACCUGGGGUCCCGCCUUGGAACUCCAGGUGUUGGGCCCCAAGAAGCCGUCUCUUGGUUCAGUCCACACCCCCAGACCCAGGUCACCGCCCAGCUCUGAGGCCAGCGACAUCUUCAUCCAGACUAGUUCUCCAUGGCCUCAGACACGCGGGAAAUUGCCCCUGGAAACCGAGUGGCUCCCAUGCCCCUCCUGGGUGCUCACCUGGGACCCAUCUCGAGGCUGGAGACCGAAGCACCUGGAGAGGAAGGCGUGAUGAGUGGGAAUAGCCAGAAAUAGGAGACACAUCCGUGGGUGCCUAUAGCAGUCUCCCUCCCAGCCCAUUGGGUACUGUCGGGUGUGCCUGGGGUGUGUCUGUGACAGGGCUGCCCUCAUUAAAGGUGAUGUUGUGCUUUC